UGUCGUCCUGUCGUCCUGUCGCUCACUCUUUUGCAGAAGCAAAGAAACAAUUAAAGUGCAACCGCAAGGCGGAAGGAAGUGCAUACCACAAGUGAUUCCCCUGCUCCAGCGCCGAGUUGCAUGUUGGAUUGUGCCACAAACUUUUAGCCAAGUUCCCCCCGUGCCCCCAUGCCCUUGUGUGUAAAAUGAAAGCAGACAACUUCUUCAAGUACGGCGCCCCUUUGUACCAACCGAAAAAUACCAACCGGAGCCACUCGCACUCGCAGAACCAACCGCAAGCCCACACCGGCAACAUCGGCCAUCUGACAUCGUCGCCGCUUCUGACGAGCGACGACCUGCGCCAUCUCACCCAGCAGCGGUCCACCGGAUACUCGGACAGGGAGAGCAUCGCCAGCGUUAGCAGUGCGGGUGGCCGGAUUAAGAGGCGAUCGAGAAACUUCCCGAUGAAGUCUUCGAAGGGAGGCAUCACCAAGAAGAGCAAGACCAUGGAUUACACCAACUACGCCUAUAAUGAGGCAGUGGGUCGCCUCAAGGUAAUGCUGGCCGACAACUCCUACGUGGCACCCAAACUGGGAGGAGGAGUGUCUUCCUAUUUGCGCAAACUCAACGAGGAUUCCGGGGACAACUUCUCUGACAACCUAUCGGUAAUUGAGCGACCCGUCUUCUCGGACAUUUCCAAGUACUUGUCGCCCAGCCAGAAGUCGCGAAUCAGCUCCUAUCGCCCCAAGAAGAGCUACGCCUCGGGAUAUCUCUCGGCUUCCAAGGAGAAUCUAGCUUCCACUCCUUCUCUUUACCCGAGCGCCUCAGUUCCGUCCGCUCCUCUUCCCGCGGACAGUGUUCCGGCUCCUGUGGAGAUCUUCAGCUUUAUCGAGAAGCAGGAGGACUACAUCGAACAGCUGGAAAAGGAAUCCAAGUACUGUCGCAACGAGCUGACCAAUCUGUUGGGUAAAGUGAAGGAUGUGAUCAAUGAAAAUGAGCAGUUGACGGAGAAUGCUCGCUCUGAGUUGGUGGGUCUUGGCUCGGGAAAUUCCAAGCAUCCAAUUGCCACCACUAGUCCUUCCUCGGACAGUGACGAGCACUUGAUGUUCGCCAGUGGACGUAAGACCCCGUCGACGCCGAGAAAAGGUGCCUCCAAAGGUCAGGUGCAAAGUCCUCGUUAUGCAUGCGCUCCCAAUAUUGUUUACGAGGCCAGGAUCAGCGAACUGGAAGCCGAACUGAUGCAGGCCAGCAUCGAUCUGAGGCGUCUGCGUACCGAGAACGAGGAGCUAAAGCGGAAACUGAGUCAUACGGAUCCCCUAACCACUGUGGCCACCUUGUCCGGAGGAUCCAACUGCGAAUUGCAUCGCAAGCAGCUGGAGAGCCUGCAGCAGGACAAGCAAACUCUGGAGGAAAGUGUUCGCCACUUGCAGAGGCUUCUGGACGAGGCAAAGGCCCAGGGCCAGGGUAGCGCCUCGUCGAAGCGAUAUAUCAACGACUUGAUGCAGAUGGAGCGCUCGCAGGCCGAGCUGGAGGUACGCCACCUGCGGGAUGAACUGGAUCGCCAGCACGAGCGGGUCAGGGAGCUGCAGCACGAGAUGGCCAGACGGUUGGCCGAGGAGCGGGCCAGUGCCGAAAGGCGCUACAACAGCCAGGUGGAUCAACUGGGCGGAGAUUUGAGUUGCCAAUGGGAGCAGGUGUCCAAGCUCCAGUUGGAACUGGAGCGCCAAAAACGCUACGAAACAGACCUCAAGCGGGAUGUGGCCAGUCGCAAUUCGCAGAUCGAGGAGCUGAAAAUGGAACUGAGAGCCAAUAGGACCACCUUCCUGGCGGACAUGGCGCAGGUGAAUGCAGAGAAGCAAUCUCUGGAGCAGGACAUCACCUCGCUGCGCCUUCAGUUGGAUAGGGCUGGCAGGGAGGCCAAAACGGAGGCAGCUCGUCUUAAUGCAGAAAUAAAUUCGCUGAGGCAGCGCCUUGAUCGCGGCGAUGCUGAUCUUCUGCACUCCAAACGAGAGGUACUGCGGCUCAAUGAUGAGAUAGCCAAUCUGGAAAAGGAGCUUGCUUAUGGGGAGCUAAAGAACGAGAUACGACCCACCAAAAAGGAUCUGGACAAGAGGAUCUCCGAGUUGCAGGAUAAGCAUGCGGGAACGGUAAAUGAGCUUGAGGAAAUGAUAACAUCUCAGAAGCAACUCAUGGAUAAACUGACCAACGAGUGUAAGACCUUAACGGGCAAAUUAGAGGACACGACCUACAAGCACAAUCUGGAGAAGCAGCAGCUGAGAGCCACCAACGAGCAGCUAAUGUCACGCCUUAGGCAAAUCUGGGGAAAAUACAAGGCACAACUGCCAGCGCACCAGGGAUCCCCGGAGCUGAGCUCCGAGGACAUGCGGGAGGAGCACCCCAUUAAAUCCGUGACGCCGCUUACGACUACCAGGCAGCGACAUAUGGCACCCCAAUCGAACCCAUACAAAGCACCCCACAACCACACAACAGCGCCAGCGACAGUGAUUACACGUCCGGAGGGAUUGGCUUGGGCGAUGGAGCAACUGCAUCCGCAACAGCAGCGGCAGCCACAGCAGCCAGUAUUGCUGCAGGAGCAGCUGCAGCAGCAGGAUCAUCAGGAUCAGGAACAACAGCCACUGGACGAAAGAGCAGCAUCGCCGACUAUGGACUCCAGGAUAACGAUGACGAGAAUCUCAAGGACAACCUUGGCCUGGGCGAAAAGCAGCAGCAACAACAGCAGCAGCAGGAUCUGGACAGGCAAAGGGAGCGAGAGGAACGCGACCGGGAGCUCCAGCAACUCCGCGAGCAGCGCGAAAAACGGGAAAGGGAACGCGAGCGGGAACGGGAGCAGGCCGAGCAGCAGCAGCAGGCGGAGCAGCAGCAACCACAGUCGCAACCUCUGGCAGAGAGCAGCAUUACCAAUGCCGGCAGCGCCAAUCUGGCCGCCUAUAACACCGACUACAGUGCCUACGAUCAGCAGCAGUACGACGCCAGUGCCUAUGAUCCCAAUGCCUAUGGCCAGCAGCAGUACGAGGGGCAGCAGUAUGACUACGGCGAUGCGGGAGCCGGAUACGACUAUGGAGCAGCUGACUAUGGACAGUCUGGAUACCAGUAUGACGCCACGUCAGGAGGCACCGCAGCCGGCCAGUCACAGCCACAGUCUCAGUACCAGGCACCAGCUGCCCCCCAGCGAGUGGCCACGGACUACAACAGAUCGCCACCGCCAUUGGCAGCGGCGGCAACGGGCAUCACGUCCCCGCCAGCAACAGGAGCGACCGGAGCAGCAGCAACACCUGCAGUACCAACAGCAGGAGCAGGAACGGGCCGACCACAAUCGCGCCCUGGCAGUGGAGCUGUGGGGUCAGCAGCUGCGGCUGGAGCAGUCGCCGGCGGAAAAUCCGCUGUGCCACAACAGCCUGCCGCGUCAGCCGCCGGCAAGAAGUAGCUGGAGUCCCGACUGCGAGGAUCGCCUGACGGUGGAGUGCUCCAUCAGUAGUCCCAGCCUGAUGCGCUCGUCCAACGAUGAAACCUGCUCUGAAUUGGCCGAUCUCAGCGAGACCUUUGUGGUCCUGGCUGACAAUGGUUCGGAGGAGGAGAGCCUGUCCCCGGCCCAGACCACCAUCAUCACGGCCAGAAGGUCAAGUGCUCCGGCCGUGGUCCAGCAGGCGGACAUUGCCAACGAGACAGUCACCAUCGAGCGCCAUCUAGAUGCUCACGAUUAGGGGUCAGCACCGAGUUCUCCAGCAACAGUUUCUUCAAUCAACGUACUUCUACUCAUGUGUUCCAUAAUUAAACGAAGAAGAGAAAUACAUGUUUUAUAACUAAUAAAUCCAUUUGAAAUAA